AAAGUUGCACGGUAGUAGUAGCCGCACCACUUCCCUGUCCUUAAUCUUCUUCCUUUUGGUUCUCAUUUUUUCUCUUCCACAUAUUACACUCCCUCAGCACACGUGACAGUGACGGCGGCGCUGUUUCCUUCCCCUCCAUAGAUAGAUCGAUAGAGACAUGGAGGUAGAGAAUCAAGAACUGAAGCACUUGGAGGUAGACCUGGGCCACCUUAUGGCCACGGACCUUCAUCACGUGUUUCCUUCUGACCCUACUCCUUCAAGGGAAGACCUAAUCAGCCAGUGUCUCCAGAAAGGCACUGAGUUGGUUCAAGCCAUCGCCGAUUCCCUCUUCACCCUGCCUUCCACCGAAGACGUCGACGGUCCCCUCGUCAAGUUGCCUCCCCCACUCACCAAAUUGCCCAGACAGAAACCGCUGCCUAAGCCCAAACCUCCUACCAAGUGGGAGCAAUUUGCCAAAAAGAAAGGAAUACAGAAGCGAAAGAAAGACAAAAUUGCAUAUGACGAACAAACUGGAACCUGGAAACGUACAUAUGGAUACGAUCGUGCGAAUGAUGAAGAUGCUGUGCCUAUUAUUGAGGCAAAACCCAACGAUGAUCCAGAAGAGGACCCUUUUGCCAAAAGAAAGGAAAACAAGAAGAAAAGAGUUGAAAAACAGGAGAAUAACAGACUGCAGAACUUGAAACAAGCUGCCAAAUUUGGUGCUCUGCCAAGCCAUGUUCAAUUGGCUGCUACAGCUUUGCCUAUAACAGGAACACAGGCAGCACCUAAGAAAGUAACUAAGGAUGAAUUAGGUAAUAUAGCUGGAACUGUAGCAACUUCAACAGCCAGUGGUGGCAAAUUCGACAAGAAGUUGGCUGGUGAAAAGCCUGCUCAGCAUAAAGGAAAAUAUCGAAAGUUCCUGCCAGUUGUGGAAGGAAAAGGGAUAGGAUCGCAGGAGAAGGAGCAAACCGAAAAAAUAUUGAAUAAGAUUAUGUCAAAGCAUUCCCAUGAUAUACUCAACGUUGACAAGGCGGUCUCGAUGCACACGGUGAAAAAAGAGAAAAAACGAAGGUUUGAGAAAGCAAAGGCUUCAGCUACGGACAGCAAAUUGAAAACGCAGAAAAAGUCUUUUAAGAAGGGAAGUUCUAAGAAAGGGAAAGCAAAAGGAAAGUAGUCUAGAGCUUGUUGAUGUUGUAGAGAUUUUUUAAACCAUGUUUAUUAGUUUAAAGUUUUGUAGACCUUUAUUUCAUCUAUAUGAAUUACCAUGCUUAUUCCCACCUCUCUGAGUCUUUGUAUCGAUGUAAGGCCAGAGUAAAGGGGAAGCGAUUUUGAAUGCCAUGAGUUAUCUGUUAUACUUUACUAAUUUUACUACUAAAUGUGUUACAUA